UGUCGAGGGAGGCGGUACUGACGCCAUGAGGCCUACUGAGGUUGUGAGGCGGUUGUUCCAUUCUAGCCCAGCGGCCGUGAAGGGUGGUUUUGGAUGGGUACCUCGAAUUUCGGCGGCCAAGGCCGCCGCCACCGCCACGAUCCGACGCCGACCGCCUUUAGGUGUUGUUCCGUUUGCCAGGCUAUCAGAUGGGCCUGGUCUCCGGGAGUUCCUUCGGUCGCCAGCCGGGAGCGGGGCAGCGGUGAUGGUGAAGUGUCCUGACGAGGAGUCGCUGCCCCCCUACCUGAGCGGGGAGCCGGAGCCCGGUGGCGAUCGAACUGUGUACUUUGAAACCUAUGGGUGUCAAAUGAACGUUAACGACACAGAAAUUGCUUGGUCUAUCCUCCAGAAAAAUGGUUAUAAGAAAGCCAACAGCUGUGCAGAGGCUGAUGUGAUUUUACUUGUAACUUGUUCAAUCAGAGAGAAGGCAGAACAGACCAUCUGGAACAGGCUGAAACAACUUGCUGUACUGAAAUCCAAGCGAGCAAAAUCUCAAGUUCCACUUAAAAUAGGAAUUUUAGGUUGCAUGGCUGAAAGGCUGAAAGAGGAAAUCCUGGAAAAAGAAAAGCUUAUUGAUGUUCUUGCUGGGCCAGAUUCAUACCGUGAUCUUCCCAGACUUCUAACAGUCGCUGAAACAGGUCAAAAGGCUGUGAAUGUGUUAUUGUCACUGGAUGAGACCUAUGCAGAUGUCAUGCCGGUUCAAGUCAAUUCCCAGACAAAAACUGCAUUUAUUUCUAUCAUGCGGGGAUGCAACAACAUGUGCAGUUAUUGUGUUGUUCCUUUCACACGUGGGCAAGAGAGAAGCAGACCAAUUUCUUCCAUUUUACAAGAAGUCAAAAUCCUUUCAGACCAGGGUGUAAAGGAGAUUACACUACUGGGUCAGAAUGUCAACAGUUACUGUGAUACAUCAGAGAUUCAGUUUCUCACAAGGGAGCCAACACACCUGAGCCGUGGGUUUAGGACUAUUUACAGGAAUAAACUAGGUGGCUUGCGUUUUGCCAGUUUAUUGGAUCAGGUUUCAAGGAUUGAUCCUGAGAUGAGAAUCCGUUUCACAUCACCUCACCCCAAGGAUUUCCCAGAUGAGGUUUUGCAACUUAUCCAGGAGAGAGCCAACAUUUGCAAACAUAUCCAUUUGCCAGCACAGAGUGGGAGCACAGCUAUACUAAAAGCUAUGAGAAGAGGGUAUACAAGAGAAGCAUAUUUGGAACUAGUUGAACACAUACGCAAAAUCAUCCCAGGUGUAAGUUUAAGUAGCGAUUUCAUUGCUGGAUUUUGUGGUGAGACCGAGGACGAUCACUUUCAGACCAUAUCUCUUCUUCGAGAGGUCCAAUAUAAUGUGGGAUAUCUUUUUGCUUACAGCAUGAGAAAGAAGACGCAUGCCUACCAUAGGCUGAAGGACAGUGUUCCUGCCUUUGUAAAGCAACGUCGAUUGGAAGAGCUUAUUACUGUAUUCCGAGAGGAGGCAACUAAACUGAACACUGAACUCGUUGGAACUGAACAGGUUGUGCUGGUAGAAGGGGUUAGUAAACGAUCCAACGUAGAAUUGUGUGGACGAAUUGAUGGUAACAUUAAAGUAAUAUUUCCCAAUUUGGCAAUACCAUGUGAUAGGUCAUCAGACCUGUGUGCUUCUAUCAGAUCUGGGGACUAUGUAUCAGUGCAAAUAACAUCAGCCAAUUCUCAAAGUUUAAAGGGUAUUCCCAUUUGCCAUAAAACCUUGAGUAAAUCUACAGAAGUGAUAUCCAAACAAUUUGCAGACUGUCUGUAAUGAAAAAUAGCAUUCAGUGGGAAAAGUGCUGAAAUGAGUUUUAUGAGAUGAAGAAUGAUUGGAGAAAGUAUAAAGUUAUGCUUCACCGGAAAACUUUGCUGAGGGUAAUGAAGUGGAGCUUUUGCAUUUUUCAUCAGAGGAAGUACACAUAAUGUGGAGUUCAAAAAUGCAUACAUCUGCAUGUUUAAGUUCAAAUGGGAUCAAAUUUGUGAUUGAACCUAAAAUUUUGCUACAAAAUAAACUAUGAUUA